UCUCCAAAACUCUCUCUCUUUCUUCUCUCUUCUCUCUCUCAAUCAUCCUUUGUUCUCUCUUCUCUUCCAAGGCGUGGAAUUCGGCUUUCAUUACUGUCUCUCUCUAAACCAUCAAGCACUCAUCAAUGCUCAUGUCUGUUUUCUUUCUUCCCCUUUCCUGUUAUGUCCUCCCACAGUGAUUUCCAUUUUCCAAACACAGCCAUGGCCUUGUCCUUUCUCACAAUCAUUCCAUUUUCCUCCUCAUAAUUCCUCUCUUCUUUCUCACACUGAGUCUGCAACAGCUUUUCACACUAGCACUAUUUGAAGCAGACAACAAAGGCCAAGUAAUUGAUACCAUCCAAAAUCCCCUGUUUUCCCCUGUUCUCUUCUUCUCUGUAUAAAAAACAGAACAACACCAUAGCAAUGGAAAAGUGGGAGAAAACCUCAAGAGAUCACAGGAAACAACACCACAGAGAAAAAAGCCCUUCUUUCUCUUCUACUCUUCUUGACGUUAUCUACCGCUCCAUCGACGAAGGACAAACAGAAGAGAAAGAAGAAUCACUCAUAUUCUACAGAGAAACCAUGAGGAAGCAGAAACAGAGCAACUGCUUCAGAGAAGAACAGAGUGUUCAAAUUGAAGCUGAAAACCCCAGCUUUCGCAGAACCAGGAAGGUAGAGAAUUGGACUGAGAGAAGGAAUUCACUGACUGAGUUGGAACGAAGAACACGAAGCAAUUCCAAUACACUCUCCAUGUAUUCAAGCUCUUCCUCCUCAGAGUCAAGUUCUGCUGGUGGAUUCUCUUCAUCAGAAUCAGAGUCCUUCUAUGGAGUGCAGAGGCCAAAGCCAAUUCGGACCAGUGUUUCUGAAAAAUUACCAAACCCUGAUGAUGGUCACAGAAGCUUUUCCGGUCGGUCAAAACCGUCCGCUCGCCCCAACACGGCUCAGGUCGGUCCAAACGGUCACACGGCCAGCCUGAAUGACACUGGCCGAGAGACUGUUUGGACCGGCAGCAUCGGGGCGAGCCGUCCGAAACAGCAUGGUUUUGGGAAAACUAAGUCCAAAGCUUUGAGAAUCUUGUACGGUGAAUUGAAGAAAGCAAAGCAACCCGUUUCACCAGGUGCUAGGCUAGCUAGCUUUCUGAAUUCUCUUUUCAAUUCUGGUGGAGGAAAUGCCAAAAAGGCAAAGGUUUCAACUACACCACCAACAACAACAACAAAGGUUUCAAACUCAGCACAACCUUCUUCUACUUGUUCAUCAGCUUCAUCUUUUUCAAGGUCUUGUUUGAGCAAAACCCCAUCUUCAAGAUCAGGUGCAAAAAGAUCUGUGAGAUUUUGCCCUGUGAGUGUGAUAGUGGAUGAAGAUUGCAGACCAUGUGGGCACAAGAAUCUGCGUGAAGCUGAUUAUGGAAAGAGUAACGAUGAGGAGCUAAGGUUGCAUGUGAUGAACGAGAGUCGAAGGGUGGAGGAGUUAGCAAGAGAAUUGUUGAAGAAUUAUCAGAAAAAGAAUGCAGGGGACUAUGAUCGCAUGCAGUGUGAAGAUGAAGAUGAUGAUGAUGCAGAAAGUUGUUCAAGUUCUGACCUAUUUGAAUUGGAUAAUCUAUCAGCAAUUGGGAUUGAGAGGUAUAGGGAAGAAUUACCUGUGUAUGAAACUACCCAUUUCAAAACCAAUCGAGCUAUUGCCAAUGGCUUUGUGAUGUGAUUUUGAGAAAAAAUUUUAGGUGGGGGUGUACUUUCUAAUUAGGAUUUAAUGGUGUGGGGGUUUACAUCAGAUAAUAAGAUUUCUGAUCUUUUUUGUUGUUUUGUUAGUUCUUUAAUCUAAUUCUCUUUUCUUUCUCCA